AGGAACAGUUAAUUCAUCUAAGAGUAAAUCGUCAUUUUUAUUUGGAUGACGGUGGCUUAGACUCAGAUCAGAAUGACUAUUGUUCACCAUUGGAACCUUCAUUGCUACGCCUAACAUGACAUGGAGGACGCAGUUAGUCGCAGUUCACUGGAAUCCUCGUCUACUGGCGACGAUUAUGUUGUUGUCAAUGGGGAACCCAAACUGAAAAUAACUGGUGACAUCAAUGACCUGAACAUGGAGAUAUCAGUUGACAGUCCCCCAGACCAGAUGACAUCUACUCUAACUUCCAGUGAAUCUUUGUCAACGGAAAACCGGUUGGGGGAUAGUGAUAAAGGUGACCAUGUCCUUCCAAGCAGUCAGUCAGCAGAUGUCAUCACUGCUCCUGCAGCUCGGGAGAGAUCAACGUCCUUGCCCGCCUCACCUUUCCAAGGUGAAACUGUAUUUAAUGGAGUUACCUACCUUGGCUGUGCCCUUGUCAAUGCACCAAGGAGUGAGGUUGAGAUCUACCGCAACAUGGCCAUUCUGAACGACCAGUUACAGAUGGCCAUUCCUAUUAUUCUGUCUGUUCCAAGUACAUCUCAUGGAGUUGUCAGACCUGAUGGAUGUGUUAGAAUACUUGAUCCAACUACCAACACUGACAUUGCCACAUACAAGAUCCACCGUAUCCUAUUCUGUGCCAGGGGGCCAGCAGACAGCAAUGAGAGACUUUGCUUUGCAUUUACCUGUAGCCAUGGUGACUCUGCAGAAUCUGCAAUUUUCCAGUGUCAUGUCUUUCGGUGUGAACUAGCAGAAGCGGUCGCAAAGAUUCUCUACUCCUUUGCUACCACGUUUCGCAGAGUACCCAAGAACACAAGGUUGUCCACCAAUAGCAUAGCAGAAACAGAGCAAACUGCCAUCUUUACAGUCUCUUUGGAAAUUAAAGAGGAUGACGGGAAGGGAAACUAUUCCUAUUGCCCCAAGGACAAGAAUAUGUUCAAGCUGCGCUGUAAUAGUGAAAAGAACAUCAUGAUUAGUGUUAGUCAAACAGGGACCAGGGAACUCCAAAUUGAGAGAUGUUUUGGACUUUUGAUAUCACCAGGCAGAAAUGUCAAGCAUGGGGAUAUGCAUCUUAUUGAAAUGAACUCUAUGGGUUACGCUGGAGAUGGGAAAUCUUACUCUAUAUCUGGUAAUUGGGACCCAACAGAAAAAUGCUUUGCAGUACUCAACACAGAAACACCAAAAGAUACCCGUGUAUUCCUCACUAUUGCUGUGGAUUUAGUUAUUCAUGGAAUUCAAGAGCCUGUACGAUUUGCGAUGGAAACUAAAGCCAAAAUCUUUCCCCUGACGGAAAGAUUUUGGUAUUUCACCAGAAAGCCACAUCAGGAGCAGUUCCACGUGAAGCUGAGACCGUCUGAGUUGGAGAGUCCAGAUGCAGAUAUUCAGAUGCUUGAGGUGGUGGGGGUACAGAGUCAGACCGAGAUAGACCGAAAGAAGGCAGGCAUGAGCCUCCAGGGACUGAAUACUUCACGGCAGAUACCUGACGACAUCCAGACACCACAAGAGCCAGAGGAGGAAUCAGAUGGAGAUGAGCCAUUACUCAGUGGCUCUGGUGCCGUCAGUAAGGAGGUGACCGAUGAAAACCUACUGGAUGCCUGGCAUGAUAUGCUUACCAAGUGGCACCAGAACCUUGCCCAACGCCCCAAACAGAUACACCACUUGGUGAGGAAAGGUAUUCCAGAGGCACUCCGUGGUGAAGUUUGGCAACUCCUGGCUGGCUGUCAUGACAACUCUGAACUCCUGGAGGCUUACAGGGUCCUCAUCACUAAGGAGUCGCCCAAUGAAUCUGUGAUACAAAGAGACAUCAACCGAACAUUUCCAGCCCAUGAUUUCUUCAAGGAGACAGGUGGAUUGGGCCAAGACUCCCUCUAUAGGAUCAGUAAGGCCUACUCUGUGUACGAUGAAGAGAUUGGAUAUGUUCAAGGGUUGUCUUUCUUGGCUGCUUCUCUCCUGCUCCAUAUGCCUGAAGAACAAGCAUUUUCUGUUUUGGUGAAGACCUGUUUUGAUUAUGGACUCCGAGAUUUCUUUAAACAGGGAUUUGAGGAGCUGCAUCUCAAAUUUUACCAGCUUGAUCGUCUUAUGGAGGAUCAGCUUUCUGACCUCCAUGACCACUUUGUGGAAAUGAACCUGGAGACCCAUAUGUUUGCAUCACAAUGGUUCCUCACCCUGUUCACUGCCAAGUUUCCUCUUUACAUGGUCUUUCACAUCCUUGACUUGUACCUCUGUGAGGGAAGGGAUAUGGUGUUUAAUGUGGCAUUAGCAUUACUUAAGAAUUCCAGAAAGGAUCUAUUAGCACUAGAUUUUGAAGGAGUAUUAAAAUAUUUCCGUGUGCAUCUGCCAAAGAAAUACCGGACUGAAGAAUCAGCUAAAGAACUCAUGCAAAUGGUCAUUGGCAUUAAGGUGUCAAGUCGUAAACUGAAGAAGUAUGAGAAGGAAUAUAUGGCUAUGAAAGAACAAGAGAUGCAACAAGAAGACCCUGUAGAAAGAUUUGAGCGGGAGAGCAAGCGCCUGUUGGAGGCUAAUAUGCGACUGGAACAGGAAAAUGAUGACCUGGCACAUGAACUUGUGGAGAGUAAGUUGGCCCUGAGGAGUGAACUUGACCAGUACCAGGACCAGUGUGAGGAGCUAACCACAGAUCUGACGGUGACUAAGAAGCUGCUGACAGACACACAGGAGGAGAAACAGAGGCUAGAACAUGAGGCAACACAGGUGAAGGAGAUGUGUCGAAGGGAACUUGACCGUGUUGAAGCAGAAAAUGGCAGAAACUCUGCCAUCAUUUCAGACUAUAAACAGAUUUGUUCUCAGCUGAGUGAGAGGUUAGAGAAACAACAAACGGCCAAUAGAGAGGAGUUAAGUAGGAUAAUGUCUCAGGUGAAAAGCUGUGAUCAGUGUUCAAAAAUGUUCGCUUCUGAUGGGAAAGUUCAGCUUCCAGAACCAAAACUAGACCCUGAUAGUGUAAACCCUAAGAUUGUAGAUCUCCACCGACAAAUUCGGGAGCUUGAACUUGAACUUGCACAAACAAAAUUGGCUCUAGUAGAGUCUGAGUGUAAAACCCAAGACUUAACUCACCAGCUUAACUCAGCUGUCACAGAAAUACAAGCGUCUAAGAACACUUGGUUCCAAAAAACCAUUAAUUCCAUCAAAGUAGCCACCAACCAAGGAAGUAAUAAAAAGGACCAGAAAGAAUGAGUAAACUUGAGUAUAGGUUGUGUAUGUUGAUCUAGGUGUGCUUGUUUAUGAUGUGGAGCAGCAACCUGUUGUUUAGGGUUACACAUUACUGCACUCCGAAGUCGAUGGUUCAUUUGCCAAAACCACAUCUAUAUGUGAUCAAUAUAACCACCAUGUUUUGGAGAAGCCUCUUAAGAUCGUCAUGCUUGAAAUUUCUUUUAUAUUGUAUUGAAGAGCGUAUUUUUUGUUGCAUGAUUAUUAUCUUGACUAAUUAUAAGACUGUUCAGAUGGUAUCGAGUUUAACUGGUCAACACUGGAUACUAGUAUGUAGAAAGCACUAAUACCAUUUGGUUCAAACUGAUUCAGAUGGAAGUCUGAUUGAUUGUGUAAAAUCUUAACUCAGAUAUUGGGUAUAAAUGAGAUUUCAGCUGUCCUUGUGGAACCAAUAACAUUCUUGUGGACGAAAAGACAAGCUACAAAAGUUUCUCUUCCACCUGUUUACAUGGUUGUUCAUAUAGCCAGUAUGUUCAAUCUCAAGAUGUCUGUAUGUCAGUGUUCUUGGUCUAGUCGUUCAUUAUCUCUGAACAAAUGAAAAUUAUAUACGAACAUGUGGUUUGAUUAAAUAAUUUGUCAAGGAUUUGGUCGUGAACUUAAGAAAUUUGGCUAAAAGCUUUGGCAGAAAAUUUCUAUUUUCAACAAAUGUGAUGAAUUGAGUAUAUGUUAUAUAUACUAGGAGUACUUCACUUCUGAUAUGACGCUAGUCCUGAAUUUGUUUGGCAUGUGGUAGAGCAGGUGAAGUUCCACAAAGUUAUAUGUGAUAUUAUUAAAUCUGAUUAUAUGUCAAAACAAGAGAUAAUUAUAAAGUCACAUGGUGGUAAUUAGGAGCAAAAAGCAAGGAACCAAUCUUUUCUCAUGGUGCUAAAGGAGUUACAAAUUUGGUCACAUGUUAGACAGGGUAUUUGUAUUGUCAUGUGUUGGAGGGGAGAUAAAUCUGAUUACAGGGAUGCCUAUCUGGUCUUUCAUUAAUUGGUCUGAACAGGUCUGUUCACAUGAAGUUUAGAGGUCAGCAGAGUGAACAAGUCAUAUGGGGUACAGGAAAGGAUAUGUCAGAGAUGGUUGAACAUUUGCGGUUCAUGGUCGCAUCUUAGUCACGAUAAUUUAACGUCGAAACAGCUGUUGCUGUGCUUCAUCAAAUCAUUCCUUCUCAGUAUGAGGGCAUGAUUAUGCCCAAAGAAUGAAAGUGGUCAGAUUAAUGUAGAACAUUUUUCAGUGCACAAUUUUUGUGUUGACUUACGGAAGGAAAAUAGUAUGUUGUGUGAGAGUACUUCGAGAGAAUAUUGAUAUAAAAAUCCAAUCUAUUAUUUUAAUGAUUGUAUUUAAAUCUGAUAUUACUACCAAGUAAAUAUCUUGUUAAACUUUGCUAUUCUUUUGUGCACAUUUUUGGCUACUGGUGUUUGAAACGGUGUCGUUAUUACAUUAGUAUUAUCUUGCUUGGUCGUCCCAGACUAACAUGUAUGUAAUGAGAUAUAACAGUGAUCACUACUUCAGUAUCCAUCAUUCGGCAUUUUAAUCUGCUUUUGAUUUUCUGUAAUAUAAGUAUGUGUUAUAUAUACGAUGAAAUGUCAUGAUAGUUGAAAUAUGAAACAUUACAUUAAUUCAAACUUUUUAAUUUUCCUUUAUGUAACAAAAAUGUGCACCUGGAAACCAGCAAAUUAAAAUGUGCAAUUUCCAUUGUUUUGACAUGAAUCUAUAAAUAUAUGUAGUCGUUGUGAUGCUUGAAUGAACUAUUGAUAAUGUGUAGUUGUUGUGAUAUGUUGUAUUUUAUCUAUGUUUUUAUGAAGGAGUAGUGCUAGUUAUACUACAGUCAUUGUUAACGGAGACCUAUUUGUAACCAGUACUGAAACCAAGUGGAGUGUAAUCUUGAACUCAGCUCAUGAUUUGCAUUUUUGUUUUUGUUCUUUUUUUUUUUUUUCUUUUCCAUAUAUAUCUUCACUUUGUGCUCACAGAAUCCAUGCUUUGCUUCAAAAUAGUUUCUGAAAAACUUCAGCUUGAUGACUGGUCAGGUAUAUCUAAUUGUAGUACAUGCUAGUGCAAGAGUAGAUUUCUGCAUUUGUGGUAGAUAACCAGUUGUAUGCCUGAUUAUUUAUGUUAUUAUGCCAUCUUUAGAAUAUUUUCCCAUUAUGGUUAAUGUACUGUAAAAGUUGUCAAAUUUUAUGGUUCAAGUUUUCAUGAUUUAAUUACAUGCUUAGAGCAGAAAUGAUGCCACUGGAAUUGUGAAAUCAACCUGACUGCAGUUUUUUUUCUUUUAUUUGCAAUGAAUCAGUUUUCAUGGUUUUAUUUUUUAUCCUUAAAAGUAGAGCAAAAUAGAUACCCAAGAAAGUAACAUUGUUCACAGAGUUUGAAAAUAGAUUUGUUUUUAAAUCUUUAUGCAUUUUAGUUCUUAAAUUGUAUUUUAAUUAAAUUGAAUGCUUUUUGGGAAAGGUAUUUCAGUCCUGGUAUUACAAAAAGGUCUUUGUUGAUAAGAUUGUAGAUUUUUAUUGAAAGAACAAUGCAAAAUGUUGUAAAAAGUCAUUUAGUUAUGCACUGUAUUCAUAUUAUUAAGCUUUGAUGCUGUCACAGCCAUUCAUGACAAUGUCUAAAUAAUUCCAAAGAUUUGUUCAACCUUGUUAAGAUAAUGUUUCAUGAAAUGGAAAGAUUUUUGAAAUCUCUCCUCUUUUUCUUCCCAACUGCAUUCUUUGUAUAAUUUUCCAAACAGAAUUCCUCACAAAUUUUUUCUGUAUUUCCAUAACUGUAACUCAUCUUAAUUCACAUUCACAGUAUUAUCAAAGGCAUAGAAAUGGUGAAAUGACUUUUAUUUCUGAAUUGAUCUAUGAUAUUUAAGAUUAUAUAAAUUCUACUUUAUACUGACUGCCUACAUUGUAUAUGAUCACUUACCUUGGAAAGCAUUGAGAUUGAUUAUAUUCCUUAAAGCUUAAAGUUCCAAGUUGACAAAUAUCUUGUCAAACACAUAUUUAGAUAUGUAGUAUCUCGGAGAACAUUGAAAACAUUGGUUAUCAAUUAUUAUCAUAAAGAGCAGAACUGAAAAGGUGCCAGAUUUUUUUUUUUUUUUUCAUGGUGAAAGUGAUUUACACAGGUUCAGUGAUAUUUUGAAUUCUGAAUACAUCCUUGAUGUUUCCGUAGAAAACAUUUACCAACAACCUAGGUCCAUAUAUAAGCUCUCAUUUAACCUUCCUUGUUCUUUCCCAUCAUGCUACAUUUGUAUAUAUGUAUAGUCUUUAUUUAUUAGAAAUCCUCUGCUGCCAUAGAUAUUGUUAAAUUAUUCAGUGAUGUGAAGAUUUAAUGGUGCGAAGAUUGAGACUGUUAAUUUGAGUUAAGUAACAACAUAGGGACAUUUUGGGUUUUUAUGUACAUGUUAUAAAGUAGUAUUGUUACUAUUACUCAGAGAAAAAAACACUUAUUAAUUACAAUUAAUAAACUUUGUGUAAAAAUUAUCAAAUGCUAAAUAUUCUCACCAGUGCUUUAUGUAUACAGAACUUAAAUAUGAAAGAGUAAAUACAUGUACAUUUACAAAAUAUGAACCUCCGUAAAAAAAUGUGUUGAAAACAAAUAUCCAAGUGUGGAUAUAUAUAAAUGUGAAGUAUUAAGAUUUACAAUUAUUUUCAGAUUUUAGAACAUGACAGUGACAUAUUAGUCAAGGACCUCUUCCCUGUUUUCUUGAUUAGUUUGUUUCAUAAACAUAUAGCAUUCUUUUGUUGUAUGUAAAUUAUUGACAGAUCUAGAUAAUUUCUCUUGCCCGCUGUCUGUCUCUGUGAGGAACACAUGCUGUACAUUCAUAUGAGUAAUAAACACUAGUCAUGCA